GGAUGGAUGGACGGACAGACAGACAGACUCAUGCUCUCUCUACUGACGGAGGAGGACAGAAACCCAACCGGAGAUAAUAUCAGGAUGAAAAUAAACACUAUGUCGCACCGUGUCCAUGUUUGGAAACGCAUUACUCUGACUCCGUGAAUAUACUGAAGCUUUGGUGAGUGUGAGCGUGUGUGUGUGUGUGAGCUGGUCAUCAUGGCCUCAGAGAAUGUGACCUUGGAGAAUCAGCUUCACAGUGCGCAGAAGAACCUGCUGUUCCUGCAGCAAGACCACGCCAACACGCUGAAGGGGCUCCAUGCGGAAAUACGCCGCCUGCAGCAGCACUGCACUGAUCUGACGUAUGAGCUGACGUGCUGGAGUUCCGAUCCGAACGAUGAUGGCGAGGCACGUUGCAGAGAGCUCCAGCGUCGCUGUGAGGAGCUGGAGGAGCAGUUGAAGGCCAAAGAGCAGGAGAACAGCGAGCUGCUGCGUGAGCUCGAGCAGAAGAACGCUAUGAUCUCGGUGUUGGAGAACACGAUCCGCGAGCGCGAGAAGAAGUACCUGGACGAGCUGAAGCUCAAGAGCCACCGGCUGGCCGUGUUAUCCGGGGAACUGGAGCAGAGAGCCGGCACCAUCGCCUUCCUCACGGCGCAGCUCCACGCCACCAAGAAACGCCUUUUAGAGGGCGGAGCUGCCUUUAAGCCGUCCCCGCCGGCCGAGCCGAGGCUCGACUCGCCCACCAACGGAGCAAGCAAGCAGCCGGACACGCCGCGUAGGCGCAUGCGCAAAAGCCUGUCACAGCCUCUGCACUGCGAGUACACGGAGCUCUACAGGGUGGGCGCAGCCGACGGUCGAAGAAUCGUCCUCAGAGAUGCCACGGGAACGAUGCCCGACCCCGCACCGUUCCUGCAGGCCCGAGACACGCCCUCUAACACUGACGCACAGCCAGUGGUACGUGAACGACCCCCGGUAAUCCCACCUAUCGCAUCCGCAACAAGCCCCACCCAUGCUCCUGUGCCUCCGAGCCCCAGGCAGCAACGAGGCUCCGCCCACAUCGGAGUGGCACACAGGAUUCAUCGCCCACCCGCAGAAGUGGAGACGCUUGCUGUGGAUCAGGUUAGCGGAGAGAAGGUGGUGCGCAAACCAUCAGGCGCUGACAGAACUGUUUAACUCUCACACACACACACUGAUUCCAACCAAUACACACACACACACACACACACACACACAAGACAUAAGCAGUCUAUAGAAAUCACACUAUAUAUCUCUCUCAGUACUAUAACACUGGAAUAAUUAAUGUAGCCACACAAACACAGCAGUUAAAACACUGGACGACACACACCGGGACGACGUGCUCCAGCUUCACGGGACGGUGACGUAAACAGGAGAACGGCCGCGUGCUGCUAAUCAGACUUAACGGGACAGAACGGGAGAAAAGCAUCAGCCUCUGUAUAACCUGCUGUAUAUGCAAAACUGACUGCUGCAAGCAAAAACGAGGAUUUUUUUUUUCCGUGUUCAGUAUCACACGUUUUUUGGACGUCGGUUGGAAACGAGUGUACCGUACGCAUGCCAAACGUUUCACUUUCCUUACCUCAUUCACACUUUACAGGUUUGCGUUCUGGCUCACCUUUUGUUCGCGCUAACAGUAUAAACAGCCAAAUCUUCUUGUCCUCGCCUUUCAUUAUAGAUGCAUAUUUAUUGACGUGCGCUGCGGUAGGUAGUAAAGCAGGUUUGCACUGACUGUCCUUCUGCCUCGUCUCUGUACAGGUCGCUCACAUUACUGUCGACU